AUGAUACGAUAUAAUGAUGCGAAAAAUAUCGCUCUACCAAAUUUCUACCAAAAAUCGUAUCAAAUUUUGCAGUUGCAGCGCUGUGUUAGGCCAUUAGUUGAAACCACUGUAACCGAAUAUGAACUGACUGCAACAAAUGACUGCGAAUGGCUAUUUGGCAAAGCCUAUAAUAAUUGUUCAUGUAAAGGCGCUCAUGCUCAUUGCUAUUGCAAAAUAGCUCACUGGGUUAUCGUUUCUGUUGGUGAGCUCCUUCCUACUGUAGUGAAAAAACAAACGGCCCUAUUUUGCGUUGUCUCUGUUAAUCUGUGA